GGGUGGGUCUCUUCCAUAUUUGGUUAUCGGGUGGGGCUGGAAUCCUUGCAGAUUUUUCACGCGCAGGCUUUACCGGCUAAAGUUCUCAAGUUACAGUCACACUAGCUGUAGCUUAGAGCUUGUAUUUAAAUCUAAUCGUCCUCAGUGAUCCAGUGUCUGCGCAAAAGAAUAAAGAAGGAUAAAAAUGGCUGAAACUAAAAUGGAGAAACCUAGAAUAGCAGCCAUGGAAAGAGGUCCUGGCCCUGGAAGAUACACCUUACCUAACUUGACAGGAUAUCAAGCACACGAUGUAUCUAGGAAACUACACCCCGCAUACUCUUUUGGAUUGAGACUUGGAACAUCAUUCAUUAAGAAGCAGAUAGGGCCUGGUCCUGCCUAUCUCAUUGACCCAAUGAUGACAAGGUAUGGCAGGGACGGGACUGCCCAGUACUCACUCCACAGUCGGCACAAAGAGCUGGAGCCGUUCAAGACGCCAGGACCAGGGGCUCACUGUCCUGAGAAAUUUGCUGAUCCGUCACGCCAUAGACCACCUGCCUACUCAAUGGGAGGAAGAACAAGAUACAGGAAGAGAGAUGCUAAUCCUUCCCCAGCCUCCUACACUCUUCCCUCAAUGCUUGGUGAUAAAGUACCCAAUCGUACAUCCUCUGCUUGCUACUCAAUGGCCCCACGGUCUAAACUUGGAGGCUUUGAUACGGAUUAUGCUAAAACCCCAGGUCCAGCUAGAUACAACACUACCAGUGCUGAGAUCACGCAAAGGAAAGCUCCUAAUUACUCAAUGCAGAGCAGAAACUACAUGCCAACUGAUGCUACAAGAAUACCAGGCCCAGGAGCUCACUGUCCUGAGAGGGUGACACUCAAUAGAAGAGCUGCUCCAGCAUAUUCAUUGGGAGUGAAGCACUCUGAGUAUAUAUGUCCAUUGGUCAUUGAUACUCCUGAUGACUAGCAGAAACAAACAAUACAGACUUUUGUACAUACCAUGCAGCAUUAUGCAUUAUCCCCCAUUUUAAUACAGAUUAUAUUUUGAUUUUUGCUAUGAUAGUUCGUAUUACACAGCUAUAGAGUAGUUUCUUAUUAUUAUUAUUUUAGUUUUUUAUAACAAUUAUUUAAGUUUUUGACGGA